AACAGCUCUGAGGGCUCGUAGGAACAAACGUAAACAGGAACGAUUCUGGUUUUGUUCUGUUGUUUGUCACAUGCCUUUCUUUUUUGGGAAGUUUUGUGUCGCUUCCAAGAUAAGAUCGUGCUUGUAGUUAACUUUUUUUUCUUCCACGGUUUUCGUUAGCGCAAUAUCUUUUUCAACAUGAACGAUUCUCGCUGCUUGUUCGGUAACUGGAUGUUUUGUUGGGAAGAUUCCAGAUUGACGAGACAUUUUUAACUUUAAUUUACUAGUAUGAAACCCAGAAAAAAGAGCAGCACUCCUCAAACGCCACCAAAGGUUGGGAAAACUUCCUCGAGCAAGUCUGACUAUCUGUCUGGGAAAAAUACAAAACAAACAGUGAUCCCCAAACAUCCAAGCCACACUGAGGAGCAAGGUCAAUGGAUCGCAGUGUCCAGCCAAGGAGAACCUGAAGUACAACCUCUAGUGAACACAGAUGUGGGAUCUCAGCAGGACUCUGUGUUGGCAAAGUACAUUGACCGGUUUCGCUACGGGCAACCACAGAGUCGAGAGCAGCGCCAACAGAUGGCUUCUGUCAGACAAGAGAAAUCGCCCUUCUGGUGGACCACAGCUUCAUCUUUACCUCCGGUUUCCACAACAGAGACGAGAUAUGAAGAGGUUUUAGAUGUUGACCAGCAUGAGCGAUCCCAAAGUAUUCUGUCUGACGUCUCCCUGGGUGACUUGGAUGACCUGGAAAUCCUACAACUUCAAGAGAGGGCCAGCAGAUUACUGCGGACUGAUGGGGACUGUUCCGUCUACGAUGACUCUCCACCCGUCUCCUCCGAGGGCCUGGGCUGCACUGAUUUUCAUCUCCCUAGUUUUGACGAUCCAAUACAAAGACUUUCAUCAGCGAGUUUGCUUAAAACUACCAGGUUGGGGUCAGACGGCGCUCCAACGAUGCCCUCUGGUGUCCCUGCGCGACCGGAGGACGACAUUCUAUUUCAGUGGCGUUUGAGAAGAAAGAUGGAACGAGCCGAACAGCCACACCUCAGCUUUGAUGCUGCCACUCACGGCUGGCAGCGCCUCAGUCUGCACCAGUCGCCUGCUGAUGGACAUGAUUAUAAAGAGAAACAACCAGAAGCACCCUCUCGUCUCCCUCAAGUUGAAUCGACAGAUCCGAUCCGUCCUCCAGUAUUGGCCACUUUUCAUAUGGAGUCUGUGGCUCAUGUUCCUUCACACAUGUAUUUGCUGUGUGAUAUCUUACCGUGCCCCGUCAGAUCAGCCGUCAAUCGACAGGUGGAGCCCCCGGAACAGUCUGGUCCCUGUCCUCACACGACCCCUGAAGAAGCUGUUAACCUGAUGGGGGAAUCUAAGCACAUUCCAGCUGGAUCGCUGACUCAAUCCAAACCUGUGGAAGCGCUGCCCAGGCAACAAAACAAGACGGACAAACGCCGCAAAGACACAUCUUCAGAGAGCAGGAGGUCGAACACAAAGCAGAAGAAACCAACAAGAUGUUCGGCAGGAGCGCAACACGCCGAACUCCAAAGCACAACAAACGACCAGUCUGCUCAUCACAGACUUCCCAAAAAGGCAAUGCCUUCAACUGUGCUGCAGCAAAAGGAAAGGCGCCAAGAUUCUUCCAGGGACAGACGUGCGGGAGGGGAUCCGCCGUCUCCAGUCCACAGCGCUUUGCAACAGCAGGUUGUUUCAGAGGUUUUGUUUCCGACGUCUGCACCUGCGAGCGCUGGUGAAUCUGAGUCUCCUCCCUCAGCUCCACCAGAACCCAUAACUCCUUCCUACGAUGCUCAAAAGUCGGUGGAGGUCAUCUCACAGCUGCUGCAAGAGGCCGAAGAUUCCGAUGAGAAGGAGUUUGAGGACGACCCUUUGCUGCAAGAUCUCAGAAGACAGAGAAGGUGUUUGAAGGAGCAGAUCAGUGCUGUGGCGUUACUGCUGGAAGAAUUCCCUCAUGAGCAAAGACGCUGUGUCUGAAAGAAUCUUUCAAUUUUGUUGCAGUAAAAUCAAUUAAAAGUAAAAAAAAAACAAUGUUUGUGUACAUUUUUAUCUCACCAUUAAAACAACAA